AUGGCUUACUUACCUUACAUCACAUCUGUACUUGUGACCCUUAUCGUCUACAGACUCUUUACGAACUGGGCACAUCUUCGACAAGCACCGGGACCUUUCCUGGCGAGCCUGACGGACUUGUGGCGAGCGUGGUAUCAAUACAACGGCAAAUUGCGAGGAGAACUUCUGAAGUUACACCAGCAGCAUGGCCCAAUAGUACGGUAUGGAGUCCGCAGUAUCAGUAUUAGUGAUCCAAGUGUUGUGAAUGUGGUAUAUGGCAGUCGUGCAGGAUUCACUACUGCAGAUUCGUAUAACGUCUUGAUCGGCAUUUCGAACGGGAAAGAGGUCGCUAGUCUGGUGAGCACGAACGACGAAGCUCGGCAUGGAGCUCUUCGUCGAUCUGUCGCGGGUGCUUUUACGCAGACGAAUGUCAUGGACUAUGAGCCGCACGUUCACGAAUCGAUCCUGGAGCUGCUUGAGCUCUUGUCGAGGAAAAGCACAAUGGAUUUGGCGCAGAUCAUGUUGUAUUAUACCAUGGACUCUGCUGCUCGAUUCGCCUUCGCUGAGCCGCUCGGGUGUCUGGCCUCUGGAACAGAUGUCGGUGGCUCAAUUCAGACGAUCCGCGAUAGGUUCAACCAUUGGGGCUGGUGGUCAUCUAUUCCGGCUUUGGAGCGACUGGUGUACCGAAACCCUAUCGCGCUGCGAUCAAAGCGCGCCCUUUCCAGUAUGGCAGCGACAGCAGUCAAGAAACUCCAAGAUCGGGCUAGCAAGCCCCAGGCCACAGGUCAGACACCAGAUCUGCUUACCAGAUUUCUGGAGUCGAGCAGGGCAAAUCCUGAUGUUCUGGACAAGACGGGGAUUAUCGGCAUGCUAAUGUCCACGAUAUCUGGUGCUGGCGACACCACGGCUACGACCGUCAAUGCCAGUCUAUACUGGUUGAUGAAGCACCCAGACGCACUCGCAAGACUGAGGCAGGAGCUAAUGGAUGCUCAGAUUGAUCGUCCCGUGCCACAGUACAAUCAAGUCAGCAAGCUGCUUUACUUAAACGCGGUGAUCAAGGAAAGCAUGAGACUGUUCCCGACAGCGGUAUGGCCCAUCGAGCGACGCGUUCCGGAAGGUGGAGCGACCAUAGCAGGCGUGCAAUUCCCCGAAGGCACGUCAGUUGGCUGCCUGGUGAUUGCACUACAUCUCAACCCAUCAGUAUUCGGACAGGAUGCGCAGCAGUUUCGUCCAGAGAGGUGGCUGACUGAGGACGCCGACAUGCUGAAGAAGAUGGAACAGGCGCACAUGGGGUUCAGUCGUGGCAGGCGGGUAUGUUUGGGUCAGCAUAUUGCUGUAUUGCAGAUAAAGAAGGUUAUUCCUGCGCUUGUGAUGGGAUUUGAGAUCUCUUUGGUCGAUCCUCACGCCGAGUUGAAGGCCGACUUCUCGCCAGCUGUUGCAUGCUUGGAGCCAUUGAUGGUCAAAGUUCAGAGACGGAGGUGA